UUGAAUUGUAAAUGUUGCUUUUGUCCUAAAGGUAAUGACAACUCACAUUUACUGACUGCAUUGUGCCAGACAUGGCUGUGAACAUUUCAAGUUAAUCUUCUUUAUAACCUAUGUGGAUAGGUACCAAUUUUAUUAACCCCUUCUCUAUAGACAAGGAAACAAGCACAGAAUAAGUCAGCAUAUGCAACCAGCAUCCAAGUCCUGGUAGUCAAGGGAGGAGAGUGAUUCAAGAAUGAGGGAAUAAUGCAGCAAUGAAAAUUGAAGGCCAAGUUUCAUAAGAGCUGAAAAUCCCCAUUGGAUUUGGCAGUUGGAUCACUGGUGAGUUUAAGUGCAAUUUUAAUUAAAAGUUGUGUGCAGGCCAGAUUAAGAUGUUUUUAGGAAAGUAUGGGAAGUGAGAAAAGAGUCCAUAGUACUCUUGAAAGUUUGUAAAGGGAAGCAGAAACUUCGUGGUAUAGGGCAGUGGAGCUCUAGAGUCAGGUUUGGAUUUUAAUUCUGGCUCUGCCAUUUGUGUGUGAUGCUGAGUGAACUGUGCUAAACGUCCAAGGAAACCUGUGUUUCCUCAUCCAGAAAAUGGGACUAAUACCUACUUUGUAGGGUUGGUGUGAAGAUUAAAUAAUGUGUGUGAAGUCCCUGGAAUACAGUAGGUACUAUAUAAAAUGAAAUCAAGGUUGCGGAGGGUGUGUUUUUAAAGGUGAGAAUGUUCCUAGGUUAAGAAGAAGGUACAGCUUAGAGAGGCUGACAAUAAAAAGGGUCUAUACUGAGAAGAAUGGGGUGGCCUGUGGUUUCACAGCUAGUGAAACCCGCUGUGUCUUGUGCUCACUCCACUCUGCAAGUCAGAGACAAGAGAAGUCAGCCCCAGAGUUUCUAUUUGGAGGAGCUUAGAAACAACCUUAGAAAGUGGGUGCUAAGGCAGAUUUCUGUAAGUAUGCCUACCAAGCACACUGCCUCCCUGUCUGGGGUGUGGGAUUGGUGGUGGAUUGGAAGGGAACUGAUGGAGAUUGUGGGUGCGCUCAAGCCCUUAACAAGCCUCCCUUUUCACAGAUCCUUACCCGAGGGCUCUCUGGCAACUCCAGAGCCCUCUAGAUUUUCUUCUCACAUGCGUUCGUAACCGUCUGUUUUCGAGGGUUUUCCUCUGCGCAGGUCUUCGCGCGGGACCUCAAAGUGCGUGCCCACUUCCCUUCCCCCAGCACUAAAGAUAAACCUGGCGGUUCUGGCGUGCGCGCGCGGAGCCCACGGGCCACACCCGCCUCCUAAACCGGACACCAGGCUCAGCCUAGGGAGAGAGGAGGCCACCAUGGACCAGCCAACCGUCACCACCGCCUCCACCACACUAAGGGAGAGCCUGGUGCGUGGAGAAUCGUUCAUCACAGCCUUGAAACCAGCCCGAAAGACUUCCUCUUUUGAAAGAGAAGGAUGGUGGAGAAUAGCAUUAACAAAUACUCCUAUACCUGGCACUUACCACUUGAAAACUUUUAUUGAAGAAUCCCUAUUAAAUCCAGUGAUAGCAACCUACAAUUUUAAAAACGAAGGAAGGAAAAAACCACCUCUUGUGCAAAGGAACAAUCCAGUCCUAAAUGAUCUUCCGCAGUAUGUGCCUCCUGACUUCCUGGACCUGUUAAAGAAGCAAGCGGCUACUUACUCAUUCAAAGACAAACCACGGCCAAGCCCCAGCACACUAGUUGACAAAGAUCAGUGUGUAAAUGAUACUCUUUCAAUCAUGCCCAUUUGUUGGGAACAUUCCAAUGAAAAUCACAAUUAAGCAAAUGAAAUUUGAAAUUGUCUGAAGUUUCUGUCCAGGCAGGACUUCUCAAAGAGCCCCUGCAAAGUAAUGCAGUGAUCAUCACUUCAAAUAUGUCAAGAGUGUGGCAAACAAAAGUGAAGUUUGAAAGCUGGAUUCAGAGAAUUUAUCUCAGGGAUGACACUCACUUGUAGUUCUUAGUGAAAAUUACAA